CCACAAUGCCCAUACAGCCGCCCUCGUCCUCGCUGCGGCUCAGAUAUGAGUCUGGUGCAAGCCGGAAUGGUGGUCGUCCAACAGAGAAGCUCGCUGGAACGAGACCUCGAGUCAACAAGCCUUCGGACCCUUCAGACCUAGAUCCUGGCUCAAAAGACGCACAGUCACCCACUCGACUACCACAGCCUUCGGGUAUACCACAGCAUCAGGAUCAAGCAGCGAAGAGAGCCAGUCUACUCCCACAGAGACGCGAAACGAGGUCAAUAAGCUUGCGGAGUCGAUCUGGGGAAGACACACAGCAAGCUGAAGCUCAAAGCAGAGUGGCUAGUGUCAAUACCACUGGUCUUGGCUCCGUAAGUAUGAAUACAGCACGCCGAGACUUAUCAGCCCCGGAGAGGGCUGCCCGACCACGACCACAGUCAAUGUACCAGACUGUGCCGCCCAGCCACGGGGCCAUUGAGUCUAAACGAAGGUCUCAAGUCAUCGAAGCAUUUGAGCCGGGUAAGAAGACUGCUAUGCUACCUCCGUCGGGAAUCGGAAGGUCUCCAUCACUGCGUAGACCCACCCCUACAACGCAGCCAGCCAAACCAUCCAACCGCACACAUCUCAGGAGUGGCUCAGCACAUCUACCUUCCACCGCUGCAGCCAACAAUACAGCAGCUGAGGCUAUCAAGGACCGACUUAGAGAACCUUCUGCUACUCUAAAGCCAUCCUCUCAUUUGCGAAAAGCUAGUGCGCCUGUAAACGAGACAUCUAGCGGUACUAGGACCUCGCAGAGGAUUGCAUCCAUGCAGACCGGGAUUCAGCGCCCUGGAAGUACCGUUAGUGCUGUAUCUAAGCCCGAAAGGCCUGAAAGCGCGGGGUCUACCAAGACCACGGACACGGAAGCUCUCCAUGCCACGUUUAAUACACGUCGCCGAGAGGUGUCGAAAGAGGACCCUUCGAAGCGAACCCGACCGGCAUUUUCAACGCUACAGCAGCAUUUCACGCCAAGAAAGACGGGGAAAGUGGCAACGUCGACCUUCAUCCAUCCUCCUGCGCCCGACCCUGCUACUAAUGGAUUACCAUUUGAAGUGAUGCGGCUUCAAGCUGAGCUACUGCAGCUUCAUCUCCUGCACGAAUCGUCGGAAGCGUGUAGUCAGCAAUGGCGCACGAGUUCCAAGAGGGCGUUGCACAAAAAGUUCGAUGAAGUAGCGAGCCUGCGCCAAGUCAUGCGAGAUAACGAACGACAGGUCCAGGAACACGCAAACCUGCUCGCUCUCCAAGAAUGGACUAGCGGCACAAGCUCAUUCGCGCUUGCCGAGAACCUGCAGCUACUCUCAGGCCCUCUGCACGAACUGCCUCGUUUGCUGGAUGUGGGAGGUCGGUUUCGGCAGCACGUCGAAGAAUUCGAGGACUGGGUUACCUGGGUAAAAGAGCUCUGGGAGCAGAGGAAAAAGGGACGUGAGAGUGGGAGGAUGGACCUUAGCUCUGCCGAAGGACUCGGAGACGAGUGGGUGGCUGAAAAUGAAGCAUUGCUACGCAAAGUAGUCGCGUUUUCACGCGAUGUCGAGCAGUUGAACGAUCCAACGCCCGGGUCGAGCAUCGCUGUCAUGGUCAGCAGCUGUCGAGCGUUACUGGACAGCAUGCUGCAGCAGCUGGGGAUGAUGCGCAAGGUAGAGACAAAUGCUGUGUCAAAAGAAAGAGAAUGGAUCGAGCAAGGCUUGCUAGGCAUAGCUAAUGACAUUAGCUCCCAUCUAGUGGUUGCACAGGACGGCUGCGAAUCGUGGCGGGGAUAGUCUAAUGGGGGUUCCUCCACCCCGAUUGGGGCUGGGAUGCUAUCUGUUACAUACGAGCUUAUGCUUGCAGCGGAUAAUUACGUAUUGCAAGUAUAGAGUUUGCACAGCAGCAACAGCAACCAUGGCGCCUAGGCGGUUACUUGGUGGAGCAUUGAUGUGGCACAGUAAGCAGUAUGUUCGCACUUAGGACUUCAUUAGGAUUGGUCUGUAUGAAUAUGGGCAGGGGCUCAUCCCAUAGGUGUUUACCACGACCACCUCAAAGCAAAUAUGCAGU